AUGGAUCUCGCUGCACGAGCUCCUCCAGCACGGCCACGACUGAGCUUCGAAAGCUCAGCUGUCAGUCAGGAGACCAUUUGUCCUACUGCCACCCCUCCAAUCUCUAUCCCGGUCCCCAUCGAGAACUCCACCAUCACCGAGUCAGACGAGACUACUUCGACCGCGAUAGAUAGAUACAUGCGAAAUCGCGAGACCUCCAUAAGCUUUGAUGAUGAAAUCAAGCUGGAUUCAGGACUACGCCAGAGUAUCCAAGAACCCCUCCAGAAAACGCCAUCGAGGGAAGAUCGACGAGGAAGACCUUUCUUGAUCCCAACCGAAUCAAAGGCCAAUCGAGCCCACAGCGAGUCUGAACGAUCCCAUUAUGAUCAAAUUACGGGUCGCCAUUUGCCCAAGUAUUCGACCAGUCCACCAAGAGAGCAUCCCCGUAUUGGUGAAGCUCGCUUUCCGUUGCUACAGAGGACAGUUGAUGAGAUGGCUCGCGAGUCUACCACCGACCUCGGCCAGUCACCUAACAUUCCUCCCCCAGAAGAAGUUGUGACUCCUCGUUAUGACGAUGAUUAUGCGCUCUCACCUACCAUUGCGUCGCCUAGUGAAGGGCAAGCGUUCUCCUACGAUGAAUCUAGGCCCUUUCGUCGCACUGCCUCACAACGAUGGAGGGAUGGUGAGUUCUCAGCGUCGCCCCAAGAUUUCUUCUCCCGAGCAGGAAGCUUGCGAAAGAGUAUGCACGAUAUCGCAAGUCGAGCCUCACGUCAGAACACUUCAGGUUCCACAAGAUCACCUAGAUCGGCAGCAUCGUCAUAUCUCCGAGCUUUCUCCGUCAGCAGUGGUACCAAUGGUGAUGGUCUUGAUUCGAUCUCAGCAUCUGUGGACGGAGAGGGGCAAACCAUUGGUGACGACUAUGUUCUAGGCAAGCGAAUAGGUUUUGGUGGUUUCAGCACAAUCAAAGAGGUGACUCAACUUCAGGAUGGUAAGCAUCGGAAACUUGCUGUCAAGAUCGUCCGUAGACGGCUGGAGGGUAAGAGCGAGGUUGAGAAUGAGCAAGCACAGGCUGAGUUCGAGCACGAAGUAGAGCUUUGGCGCUUUCUCAACCAUCCUAAUAUUCUACCGCUUGAAGCUGUCUACAAGCUCGACGAAGCUACGUUCUGCUUUAUCCCUCUCAAUGGAGGCGGGACUUUGUUUGAUCUGGUCAGAAGCAAUCGUAAGGGUGUUCCUCUCGAAAUCGCCAAGUCCUACUCCUAUCAGCUCGCCAUGGGCUUGCGCUAUCUUCAUCUCGACGCAAGAGUAGUGCAUCGAGACAUCAAGCUUGAGAACGUUCUAAUUGAGCCUUCUCAGGAUGGACAGCCAGGUUUACUCCGCAUUUGCGACUUUGGCAUGGCCGAAUGGAUUUCCAGCGACAAUAGCUCAGGGCCACCAAGCCCUUCAGUUCACGACUCGGACCGGCCGCCUCAGAAACAUAUUGGACCAGCAGAUACAUCGACAUCUGCCUUUACCGGUGGUAGCCUUGAAUACGCCGCCCCGGAAAUCCUACGCAUUGCGGAAUGCCUGGAUUCAUGUGAACCUGCCGAACGCGCGAUAGUUUCACCUGCAGUCGAUAUUUGGGCAUACGGGGUAUGUGUGUAUAGCAUGGUGGUUGGAUCUCGGCCAUUUAACGAUGCUUUCCAGCCUCGUGUAACAAUGAAAAUCCUGGCUGGUGAAUGGGAUCGACAGAAGCUAGCUGACAAAGGCGGGGAUGAUGUUCUCGAACUAGUCAGUAACUGUCUGGCAAUGGAGGACUCCUCUCGCUGGGAUAUCAGUCGUGUGUUGGAUUCAAGGUGGCUGGAAGACCUUGCCGUGAAGGAAGAAUCGCCUCAGCCUAAUACAACGGUGUGGCGACUGUGA